CUUCCGUCUCUCCGCGCUCCAGCUCCACGCCAAUUAAACCCUACUCCACCUCCCUCUCUCUCUCUCUCUCUCGCGUUAUCUGCGGUGCUGCAUCCCACUCCUCGCGCACACGUAGAAACGGAAGGAGAAACGAACAAAAGGCACCGAGUAACGCAAAUAGGAUUGUUUCCGCACCCCGCGCGCGUCCGCGGCAGUGUGUGUGUAGCGCUCGCGCACGCGGCCCGCGGGCGCGCCGGGUUGCAGCUGGCCGGGGCGGUGAAUGGAGGCGACGGCCGAGUACGGCGUGCAUGGUGGCGGCGGCGCCGCCUACUACGGCGGCGCGGGCCGCGAGAAGAAGGCGCAGGCGCAGCAGGGGUGCGGGGACCACUUCGCCGUGGACGACCUCCUCGUGCUGCCCUACGACGAGGAGGAUGAGAGGGAGGGUGAGGACGGCGGCGGCAAGGAGGAGGCAGGCCUGGGGAACGCGUCGGCGGACUCGUCGACCAUCACGGCCCUGGAUAGCUCCAGCAAUUCCUUCGGCCUUGCCGAUGGCGACUUCUCCGGCGAGCUAUGUGAGCCGUACGACCAACUAGCCGAAUUGGAGUGGCUGUCGAACUACAUGGUCGAGGGGGAGGACACCUUCGCCACUGAAGACCUCCACAAGCUGCAACUCAUCUCCGGCAUUCCCUCCGGAGGGUUCUCGACGGCGUGCGCGCUGUCGGCUCAAGCUGCGCCGGCGGCUGCCUCCGCAGCAGUGCAGCCCGGCGGCUUCCUGCCGGAGGCGCCCGUCCCCGCCAAAGCGAGGAGCAAGCGAUCCCGCGCUGCUCCGGGCAAUUGGUCGUCCCGCCUGCUCGUGCUGCCCCCGCCUCCCGCGUCUCCCCCGUCCCCGGCAUCCAUGGCCAUCUCGCCGGCGGAGUCUGGCGUGUCGGCGCAUGCGUUCCCUGUUAAGAAACCCUCGAAGCCAGCUAAGAAGAAGGACGCGCCACCGCAGCCGCAGCUCUCCAGCGUGCCGGUGCACUCGGGCGGCUCGGCGCCAGUGGCGGCCGGGGAAGGGAGGCGGUGCGUCCACUGCGAUACGGACAAGACGCCACAGUGGAGGACUGGGCCUAUGGGACCCAAGACACUGUGCAAUGCGUGCGGGGUGCGGUACAAGUCGGGGCGGCUGGUACCGGAGUACCGGCCGGCGGCGAGCCCCACCUUCGUGGUGUCAAAGCACUCGAACUCCCACCGCAAGGUGAUGGAGCUGCGCCGGCAAAAGGAGAUACACCAGCAGACCCCGCAUCACCAGCCGCAUCCGCAUGUAGUCGCCGGCGGUGGAGUGGGGAGCCUAAUGCACAUGCAGAGCUCCAUGCUGUUCGACGGAACGUCGCCCUUCGUGAGCAGCGACGACUUGUUGAUCAACCACCACCUAGGGACAGACUUCCGGCAGCUCAUCUAGAUGAGUCGUGUGCUAGAAUUGAUCAAUUAGCCCAGGAAUAAUCUAAAAAACCCAGGAACCAAAAAAAGCUGAAGAACUAAUCUUUUCUUAGGAGUUUCCCCAGUUUUUGCCUCCUUCACUUCGUUUAGUUUGCGCGCCUUUUGUUCAGCUCAUCGAAUUUUUCGUGUCAAAUUUUGUUUAUGAUCCUCUUAAGUUUACCACCUUUUCUUGGGAGUUGAUUUCUCUA